GACAGUAGGAGAUGCGUAAACGAGGGGAAAUGGCGGCGCAAAAUUUCCUACCGCUGCGGAACAAGCAAUUCCGACCAAAAAUCUAGAACUCCAUUAUCGCCGCCUAGCCUUCCCAAACACCCAACGCCGUUGCAGCUGACCAGUUUCCACUGCAGAUUUCCAGCCGCUUCCCCUUAUUAGGUACCAAAUAGGUGAUGACUGGCAGAUUCAGAACAUCUUUUUCUUGCAAAACAUAUCCACCACUGAUGCAAAGUUAAGGUUGCGUAAGCAAAAGAUGGAAUAAGUUGGUGUUAGCCUUAUCUGCCAUUGGUGAUCAAACGUAAGCUAAAAAGGAGGAUGAGUUAUCAUUAUGUUUUUUUCUUUUCAGAUACUAAACUGAUAAUUGAAUGGUUCGUCUAAUAAAAACAAUCUCUUUCUAUUUUUGAUGUUGGUAAUCAAAAGAAGUAAGGCAAAAAGAGGAUGGGCUAUCAUUAUGUUUUUUUUAUUUUUGGUUACUAAAUUGAAAUUUGAACGAUUGGUUUAACAAAAUUAUUCUCUAGCUGUUUACAAACGUAAAGUUGCAUAGGUGUUGACAUUGAGAUCCGAACAUAAUAAGGAUUAUAUAGGCUUUUGGUGGUGUCGUUGUCUUUCAAUUAUGUUAUGCUUGGCUCCACUUUUCAUGUUUGCUAGAACUAAAGAAGGUUUGGCAUCUUAAUGUAAAUCUAUAUGAACAUACAUUUUUGAUUCACUUGGGACAAUUCUCUCAUGCUUCUAUGUAAUCAAUCCUUUUUAAAACCAAUUUCUAUCACAAAAUUCAGCACGUGUCCACAUCUAUAUAAGUUGUCCCUUUUCUCACUGCUAGGAAUCCUCAUAAGAGCAAGACCAUUAAGCAAGAACUUAGGUUCUCUUUUAACGUGAGAAGUGCCUUGCUUCUUACCUUCAGAAUUAUGGGAGAGGUAAUAGAUCUGUAACUUCCUCGGCCCAAGCUUCUGCUUCUCGCGACUUCAUCGCCUUCUUUCUUCUUCCAGAACUGCUCUGUUGCACUUCAAUUUCAUGCGUUUUCGCAGGUGAGGCGGCGUGCUAUGGGCAGUUAAUGUUGUUUCUCUGUAACCCUAGGAUACACGGCAUACAAAAGUGUCACCUGCUUCUGUUUUGGUGAAGAAACUGCAUGUUAUUGCAGCCAGGAACUCAAAAUUUCAAAAAGAAUAUACCAACAAGCAUGAAAAAGGCAGAAACUCAUUCUUGAGAAUAAGAGAAGCAAACAGACUAACAGAGGCGACUAACAGAGGUAGAUGAGCACAAGUGGUCAGACAACUCUUACCACAGAAGGUAUGGCAGGCCCCCCAAGAAGAAAUCAGCCCCAAGCACAACAACGCACAUUGCAUGAAAAUAAUCCAGGCCAAAAUUUGGACUAUCUGAAUCUAGGCUAUCCUCAUGAGAAGUGCCAAUACUGCCAUGCUAUAAUGUGGACAGAAGAACGCAACAACAGCAAGGCAAAGAACUCACCACCCACUUUCUCUUUGUGUUGCAUGGAAGGCUGGGUUUCCCUCUCCGCAUUGAAAAAUGCACCUGAGUAUCUAAGAGACCUUCUUAGCCACAAUGGAGGAAAACGUUCAGCUACCUUCCGUGAAAACAUACGGGCAUACAACUCAAUUCUUGCCUUCACAUCAAUAGGGGUGCAAAUAGAUUACGAAAUCCAUAAAACCAAAGGACCAUACGUCUUUAGAAUCAGCAGCCAAAACGGCCAUCACAUUGGUUCACUUCAUCCCCAACCAGGGAACCCCCGGAAGUUCCUCUAGCUAUAUAUGUAUGAUAACAUAACUGCAGAAGUGUCUUCUAGGAUAAAGUCACUUACGAAAGACAAACCGAACUCCAAGCUCGAUGAGACCAUUCUCUCAAGCCUAAUAACAAUGCUUGACAGGGAGAAUUGUUUGGCAAAAACAUUCCGAAUGGCACGACACAGAAUGAAAGAAAAUGAAGAUAUACAGCAAAACAUUCCGAAUGGCACGACACAGAAUGAAAGAAAAUGAAGAUAUACAGCUGCAACUACAUCUCUUAUCAGAUCGCACACCUCUUAACUCUUAAGACUUACACUCAUAUUUUUAGAGAAGCUUUAAUUUAGUCCUCUUAUAUUUAAAAUGUUUUUUGUAAUGUAUAAACUUUAAUAUUACUUUUUAAAAACACGUGAACUAAAUGGUGAAAAUUAAC